UCCUCAUGACGAUUGUACAGUACCAGUCCCCCACCUACGGGAAGUACACCUACCCUGGAGAGGCAACCGUGGUCGGGUGGGUGAUUGCCCUGCUGCCAGUGAUUCCUAUUCCGAUUAUGAUGAUAAUAGAACUGAGAAAACAACGAGGAUCAACUCUGCGACAGAAACUGAUGCUGUCUCUACAGCCCAACAUAGAAUGGAGUCCAGCCGAAGUCUCCCUCGCAUCGAAAUAUAGAGACAGUCUUAUUCGUAACCGACGAACAUUUUCAGGAAAUCUCAGCUACAUUUUCAAAUUUGAAACAAAUAAUACCAACUAGAUGAUGUUAUUUCGCGUUGCAAUGAUGGUUUUUGGUUUGUUUUUUGUUUAUUCUCAAGAUACUUGCCACGGUUUUACAGUUAACCCUUACA